UUCUUCGCGCUGUGCUCUCUUCGCUUUUUGGAGUUAUUUACAUAUUUAAUUUGCUGUGCUAAGGAAGUUAAGACCGACUUAUCUUGCCCUAAUAGCACCUGUUCUUAUUAAUGGAGAGAUUUGCUUGGGGGAGGCUGCGUAUACGCCGGUGUAUACCGAUCCUAUAUAAAAUCAAACGGCCCAGCUACGUUUUCCGCCAGUCCAGUUCGGCUUUCAUCGCUGAUACUUACUUCACGUUUGCCUUUUACAAAAGUUCGAAUUUCUUUCUCGAUUUUCGAGCGAUGUCGACUUCCGAAGAGUCCGGUAACAAAAGUGACAGUAAAAAAGAUCGAGUAAAAGAAUCGUCGGAACAAAAAUCUGCCAGCAAUGGAAAAACAGAUCCGAGCAAUUUGCCCAGAAAAAGCAUAGCGGAAAUCAGUUCGGGACGAUCGAGUAAAAAGCGAGCAUCGAUCAAGGACAAAAACAAGCCGCCAGCCGAUAGUGACGAAUAUCUGUCCUUCGCCGAAAUACUCAAGCGGAAACUAUUUCAACAAUUUUUAACUCAAGUGCAGAAAAAAUCCGAGGAGCACAGAGCGAAGCUCGUUUCUCAACUGAGCGAGGUUUUCAAAAUCUUUGACAUUAAUCGUGAUGGAAUUAUUGAUGAAUCUGAUUUGAAGUUCACCUUUACAUCACUGGGGGAAAUGAACGUUUCUGAAGAUAAAAUAAAAAAAAUGAUUUCAGAAAGUCCAAAGCCAAUUGAUUUUGAUGCAUUUGUCAGCUUAUUUGAAGAUAAAGAAAUGGAGUUUGAUUCUGAAAUGGACUUGAUAAAAGCUUUUUCUAAAUGGGAUAAAAAAAAUAGUGGCUUUUUGGAUGAAGAAGAGCUUAGAACAGAUAUUACAUCAUACGGUGAUAGAUUCACAGAAAAAGAUACUGAUCGGGCUUUGGAAGAAGCACCGGUAUGUGAUCAGAAUGGAAAACCAACUAUUGAUUACAUAGAGUUCUGUUCUAAUUUAUGUGGAUUACAAAAUAUCACAAAAACUGAUGUGUUUCAUGAAAGAUGUACAAGAGACUCCAGAAAACAAUAAAUAAGU